GCCUGAGGAGGCGAUUUGGCAACUAAAAACGGCGCCCGGCCCCUUCCGGCAGGGCCUUGAAUUAGCUCGGCUGUUGUGAGCUCACAUGCUUCCAUUUCCCCUGCAGACCCAGCAUGGCCGCCCAAGGAGAGCCCCAAGUGCAGUUUAAGCUUGUCCUGGUUGGCGAUGGUGGCACUGGUAAAACAACAUUUGUAAAACGUCAUUUGACUGGUGAAUUUGAAAAGAAGUAUGUAGCAACGCUGGGUGUUGAGGUUCAUCCUUUGGUGUUCCAUACUAACAGAGGCCCUAUAAAAUUCAACGUAUGGGAUACAGCUGGCCAAGAGAAGUUUGGUGGCCUGCGAGAUGGCUAUUACAUCCAAGCUCAGUGUGCCAUCAUAAUGUUCGAUGUAACAUCAAGAGUUACUUACAAGAAUGUACCUAAUUGGCACAGAGAUCUGGUACGAGUAUGUGAAAACAUCCCUAUAGUGUUGUGUGGCAACAAAGUGGAUAUUAAGGACAGAAAAGUCAAGGCAAAAUCCAUCGUCUUCCACAGGAAGAAGAAUCUCCAGUACUACGACAUUUCCGCUAAGAGUAACUACAACUUUGAGAAGCCUUUCCUCUGGCUUGCUAGAAAGCUAAUUGGAGAUCCUAACUUGGAGUUUGUUGCUAUGCCUGCUCUUGCACCACCUGAAGUUGUUAUGGACCCAGCACUGGCAGCACAGUAUGAGCAAGACUUACAGAAUGCUCAAGCCACUGCACUGCCAGAUGAAGAUGAUGACCUGUGAGGGAUGAAGCUGGAGCCCAGCGUCAGAAGUCUAGUUUUAUAGGCAACUGUCCUGUGAUGUCAGUGGUGCAGCGUGUUUGCCACUUUAUUAUCUAGCUGAGCAGAACAUGUGCUUAAUCUUUGGGAUGCUGAAAGAGAUGAAUGGGCUUCGGAGUGAAUGUGGCAGUUUAAAAAAAGAAAACAAAACAAAAAACAAAACAAAAUGAAAAAAAAAACCACCAAAAAAACCCCUUCAUAUUUUGGACCUGCAUAUUUAGCUGUUUUUUGGACUGCAAUUCCCCUUUUGAGUUUCAAAUAUAAGACUGCUGCAGUCACAUCAGAGUGUUAAGUGGUAAAUCUUGUUUCUGUCAUUCCCAUUCUUUUUUGUUUAGAUAAUAAAGUUGUAUUUCAAGUAUCUC